AGGGCCCGCCCGCCGGCGCCCUCCCUGCUCGCGCCUCUGGCUGCUGCGGCCUCCACGCCUGGCCCCGCCCGCCAUGCGCCCCCCGCUCUGAGCGCCUGGCCCGACGCACGGCCCGCGGAUGGGAACUGAGUGAGUCAGGGCCCACCACUCCAGACCCCCAGCACAGGACAUGCCAGGGGGCUAGGUUUGGACUGGACAAAGCCCGCCCACAUUCCCUGCAGCUCAUGUCCCCAAAGGGCCAGCUCGUCGCGAGAUCCCCAGCCUGGCAAGUGGUCAUCCCUUGCAGUGGACAGCAUGGAAGGCCGGUGUCCUCUGCCACCAUCGGGGCCACCCAGGAGCCUGCAGGCAGGCUGUCCCUCACCCUGCACGGACAUGCCCGGCCCUCAGCGGCAGCCCAUGGACCUGCGACUGGGCCCGCGGCCCCCCAUGGAGUCCCCACAAGAGCCUGCCACACUGCUGGCGCUACAGCCGCCCCAGCACCUGGGACAUCAACUUUUCCUUGCAGGCCUGCAGCAGCAGCAUGAAACAGAGCCCUUGAGGGUGCCGGCAGCAGCGUCGCAUGUGCGUCAGGAACAGGAGCUGCGGCAGCUUCUCCACAAGGACAAGAGCCGGCGGAGUGCUGUGGCUAGCAGUGUGGUCAAGCAGAAACUGGCUGAGGUGAUCCUGAAGAAGCAGCAGCAGGCGGCGCUAGAGAGGACCACCCACCCCAAUGGCCCUGGCACAGCCUACAGGACACUGGAGCCCUUGGAGACGGACAGAGCCACUCGCUGCCCACUUGGCCACUUUCUGCCCCCUGUCUCUAGCCUGCCCACUGACCCUCCUGAGCACUUUCCUCUACGUAAGACAGUCUCUGAGCCCAACCUGAAACUGCGCUACAAACCCAAGAAGACCUUGGAACGCAGGAAGAACCCCCUGCUGCGAAAGGAGAGUGCUCCUCCCAGUCUGCGGAGGCGGCCAGCUGAGACCCUGGGAGACUCUUCCCCCAGCAGCAGUAGCACACCUGCAUCCGGCUGCAGCUCUCCCAAUGGCAGCGAGCACAGCCCCAGUGCCAGCCUGGGCUCUGAGGUGCUCCUAGGCCAGCGGCUGCGACUGCAGGAGACCACUCUGGCGCCCUUCACCCUGCCCACUGUGUCCCUGCUGCCUGCCAUCACGUUGGGAUUGCCAGCUCCUGCCAGGGCUGACAGCGAACGCAGAGCCCGCCAGCCUCUGGGCCCUCGGGGACCUGUUCUGGGUAGCGCCCAUUGCCCCCUCUUCCUAUCCCAGGGCCUGGAGCAGGAGGCUGGGGGUUCCCUGCCCUCUCGCCUGCAGCCCGUCCUCCUACUGGACCCCGCGGCCUCUCAUGGCCCCUUGCUGACUGUGCCUGGCCUUGGGCCUCUACCAUUCCAGUUUGCCCAGUCUUUGCUGACCCCUGAGCGCCUCUCUGGGUCAGGCCUGCACUGGCCCCUGAGUUGGACCCGCUCGGAGCCCCUUCAACCACACCUGGAGCAGCUGAGACCUCACCUGCAGCUGGCUGAGAGGCCCGCCAAGCUGAAUGAGAAGCCCCUGCUGCGGCAGAUCCCCUCUGCUGAGGGCCGAGAGUCGGAUGGUGGUGGGGUACGGCAGGUGGUGAACAACGGUCUGGAGCAUCGGGAGUCAAGCCACAGGCAGCCAGAGUCCAAAGGUGUACCUCCUCCCUUGCGGCCCCCGCAGAAGCUGCUCGAGGAGCCCUGUGCCCCACAGGUGUUGUGGGAGCACAAGCGCCCGCCAGGGCCGCUGACCCAGGGAUCUGGGGACUGUGUGCUGCUCCCACGGGCCCAGAGCGGGCACCGCCCCCUGUCCAGGGCUCAGUCCUCCCCUGCGGCACCCGCCUCACUGUCCAGCCCGGAGCCCACUGGCCAGGCCAGGCCCCCAUCCAGCUCAGAUCCCCCCGCCAGGACCCUGCCCUUCACCACAGGGCUGGUCUACGACUCGGUAAUGCUCAAGCACCAGUGCCCAUGCGGUGACAGCAGCCGCCACCCAGAGCACGCAGGCCGCAUCCAGAGCAUCUGGUCACGGCUGCAGGAGCGGGGACUGCGGAGCCGUUGCGAGUGCCUGCGGGGCCGCAAGGCCUCCCUGGAGGAGCUGCAGUCCGUGCACUCGGAGCGGCAUGUGCUGCUGUAUGGCACCAACCCACUGAGCCGCCUCAAGCUGGACGACGGGAAGCUAGCAGAACUCCUGGAGCAGCGCAUGUUCGUUAUGCUGCCCUGUGGCGGGCUUGGGGUGGACACUGACACUGUCUGGAACGAGUUGCAUUCCUCCAAUGCCGCCCGCUGGGCGGCGGGCAGCGUCACCGACCUGGCCUUCAAGGUGGCUUCCCGGGAGUUGAAGAACGGCUUUGCUGUGGUGCGGCCCCCGGGACACCAUGCUGACCACUCCACAGCCAUGGGCUUCUGCUUCUUCAACUCGGUGGCGGUCGCCUGCAAGCAACUGCAACAGCAAGGCAAGGCCAGCAAGGUCCUCAUUGUGGAUUGGGAUGUGCACCAUGGCAAUGGCACGCAGCAGGCCUUCUACCAGGACCCCAGUGUGUUGUACAUCUCCUUGCAUCGCCACGACGAUGGCAACUUCUUCCCAGGCAGUGGGGCCGUGGACGAGGUGGGAGCCGGCAAUGGCGAGGGCUUUAACAUCAAUGUGGCCUGGGCGGGAGGCCUGGAUCUCCCCAUGGGGGACCCCGAGUACCUGGCUGCCUUCAGGACGGUGGUGAUGCCUGUCGCCCGCGAGUUCUCUCCAGACCUGGUCCUUGUGUCGGCUGGUUUCGAUGCCGCCGAAGGGCAUCCUGCCCCACUGGGUGGCUAUCGAGUUUCUGCCAAAUGCUUCGGGUGCAUGACGCAACAGCUGAUGAGUCUGGCUGGAGGUGCUGUGGUGCUGGCCCUGGAAGGCGGCCAUGACCUCACGGCCAUCUGCGACGCCUCCGAGGCCUGUGUGGCCGCCCUCCUGGGCAACAAGGUGGACCCAUUCUCAGAAGAGAGCUGGACACAGAAGCCCAACCUCAGUGCCAUCCGUUCCCUGGAGGCUGUGAUCCGCGUGCACAGUAAGUACUGGGUCUGUAUGAAGCGUCUGGCCGCCUGCCCUGAUACCUGGGAGCCCAGGCCGCCUGGCACUGAUGCCGAGGUGGAGGCUGUCACUGCACUGGCGUCUCUGUCUGUGGGCAUCCUGGCAGAAGACAGGCCUGCAGAGCAGCUGGUGGAAGAGGAGGAGCCCAUGCAUCUGUAAGGCCUCCCUGGCUCAACCUCUGUCCUCCAAAGGACCCUGGCACGCCACAGCCCACCUGUGACCACAGUCCUGGCCGGCAGCCCCCACACUGCAUACAGUCCCAGGCCCUAUGCACAACUGUGAGCUUGGUUGCAGUUGAGAGCCCUCCCCCUGCAGCCAGCAGGUGCCCUGGGAGCUCAGUGGGCUCUGACUCCAUUGUGCCGAACCUUCAUCUCCCCUCAGGGGCACAGCCCAGCCCCCAGGGACCCCUCGGCCUCUGCCAGUCCCACUCACCUGGGGCCUCUUUUGCCAGCUGGCUCCGCUGAGGGUGAGGGGGCCUCCUAUGCCGACUCCUUGGCUUGCAGGACCCAGGCCUGGGCCCAGAAGGAAGAUGUGUGAGAGCAUGUGUGUGCUUAUGUGUGUGUGUGUGUGUGUGGCAGCACAUGUGUGUGUAUGUCCGUGUAUGUCCCCCCACUAUAUCCCGCGCAUCUUUUUGUAAAAAAGAGAAAAAAAGAAAAAUCUGAACAAUA